AUGGCAGAUAAGACUCUAGUUCCAGCCUCGGAGAUUAAACACGUACAUUCUGAGAUUGAUGUUCCCCUUCGGCUCGAGAAGAAUCAUGUCGAAGAAGAUUGGACCGCCGAAGAAGACCGGAAACUAGUGAUUGACUUGCGCAUCCUGCCGUAUCUCUCGGUGAUCUUUGGCUUGUCUCUGCUUGAUCUGAUCAAUGUUUCGGCCGCAUAUAUUGCAGGCAUGAGCACUGAUAUCGAACUCUCUGUUGGUGCUCGGUACUCGAUGAGUCUAUUGUUCUUCUUUAUCACCUAUGUCUUGCUUGAGAUCACCAGUAAUUUGAUUAUUCGACGAGUCGGCGCCAGAUGGUGGCUGAGCUUCCCGAUCACUGCCUGGGGUAUCUGCGUCAUAUGCAUGGGGUUUAUACAAAGCUGGGUCCCAUUGGUCGUCCUCCGCGUUCUCUUGAGAGCGCUCGAGGCCGGUUUGCUUCCGGGGGCGGUCUUCCUGAUCUCUGCAUGGUACAAGACUUAUGAAACGGCACGAAGAGUGUCAUGGUUUUAUAUGGCCUCGCUGAUGGCUUCUGGGUUCAAUGGUAUUGUGCGUUCAUUCCUAGCAUCCCUGACCCAGGGUUCGUCAUGGCCCACAAAUGGUCAGAUUACAUAUGGCCUGUCGCUGAUCAGGUCUGGAAGUAGCACCUAUCGGCAAGGGUGGGGAUGGAUACUCUUGAUCGAAGGCGCCAUUACAAUAUUUUGCGACUUGACAGGUCCCAUCUGUCUCGGAGAAUUUCCGGAACACAGCAAAUGGCUCAACGAGCGGGAGAGGUAUAUCGCCACCAUCCGACUUGCCAACGAGCGCUCGGGCAGAGAGUACGAGCAUCCAACCCUCAGGCAAGGCUUGAGACUCCUUAUGGACUGGAAAGUUGCUUUCUAUGUGUAUGCAUUGGGCUACUACAUGCCAAUAAUUCUUCGUCAGGGAUUGGGAUUCAGCUACGCCUUGGCCCAGAUCUUGUCGAGUCCGCCAUAUUGGACAUCCAUUUCUUCCCUGAAAGACUUUGCUGACACCCAACGAUUUGAAGGUUUCUAUGCUUCCACGCUUUGGUUGGAAGACACCAUUGCUAGACUUGUUGGGCUCGUCAUCGUCCUCUACGCUAAGCCACCCGGGGUGCGCCUCUUUGGGGUUUUCCUGGCGAUAUUUGGCACCAACGCCAAUGUGCCAGGAAAUUUGACUUAUGGGCAAGGCCAGACCGCUCUACCACACAAGAAAGGUCUGGUAGCGGCGGCUCAGGUCGGGUUUGGUUCUAUUGGGGGAAUUACCGACUCAACCAUCUUCAGAUCGCAGGAUGCGCCACAGUACUUCCCUGGGAUGUGGGCGACCAUCAGCUUUCAGAUACUAUACAUUGUCAUGACGUGUGGCAUGAGCUUGUGGUUGACGAAGAGAAACCGUGACGCGGAUGAAAAGGGGGAGAUCCUCGAAAAAGUGGAAGGAUUUAGGUAUGCGCCAUGA